AUGUUGACAGUCAGGGAAAGUUUUACCAUCCAUUUCUUGUUACGUGGUUUCAAAAGUGUGUACAAAGUGAUGCCUCAUCCAUUACAAGAUACAACCUUCUUGAACUUGCAAAGUAUUUCCCAUGUUUCUUCUGGUUCUCCAUUCAAAAAGUCAUUCAAAUUUGCUCCUAAUGCUCUCCAACAACCCCAACCAGAGUAUCCUCUUGCAGCAGAAAACAUUCAAUCUCCACCUGAUGCCAUAUACUCUGAGCCACAAGACUUAAUGGAUAAUAUAGAACUGUCUUAUCUGACUGCCAACCACACGCUGAACCACAUGGCGCAACUGUCCACGGAUUACGAAACGGCAAUGGGUAAUAUAGAGGAUAACAUCAACAAAUACCUUCAAGGAGAACUAAAGGAUACUAUGGUACGGAAAAUUGAUCAGAAUUGUAUGAAGGUAAAUGCUUUAUAUGAUCAACUAACGUUUUAUCACAAACAAGCACAAGCUAAUAGCAAUAAAUUGGCAGAACACAAGGAUUAUCUUGGUUCACAAGUUGAAAAAAUCUCCCAACUUAAUGCUAAACUUGUUGAGUUGGAGAAGAAACAAGAACCAAGAAAGAUAUAUGUCUCAGAAACUUCAGCUUUUGAUCUUGACAAAAUAGCGAUGCCUGAUCUGGCACUUGUUUCUCAGCUUUACAAUACAGUAGCGGAUAUUAGAGCUACUAAGGACGUCAUUAAUGCUAUUAGCGGUACUUUCUCUUCGGAGCCUGAAUUUAUUAGUGACUCAAACUUGGAUUCAUGCGUCAAAGCUGUUCGGGGUCUCGGAAGAGAAUUAUUUUGGCAAGAAUUAACCAAAAACCAUAUAGCUACCAUUAUGGGACUAAUAACCGAGUAA